AUGCAUGCAUCCCACUUCAGGUCCAACACAGUCAAAGAGACAUCUCAAACCACAAACAUCGCGGCAUCCACAUACCACCACCAGACUCAUACCACCACACUCUCUACCUGUUGUAACACCGUCACCAUGCAGAUCAAAGUCCGUACCCUCACCGGCAAAGAGAUCGAACUCGACAUCGAGCCAGACUACAAGGUCCAAAAGAUAAAGGAACGCGUCGAAGAAAAGGAAGGCAUCCCACCCGUCCAGCAGCGUCUCAUCUUCGGCGGAAAGCAAAUGGCCGACGACAAGACCGCCGCCGAAUACAACCUGGAGGGAGGCGCGACACUUCACUUGGUCCUGGCGCUGCGUGGUGGAUGCUGA